AUGGCGCUCGUCGAUUCCGAGCCCCGGUACAUCUACAAAAUCAUCCCGUCCACCACGCCCGUCCGAGAGCCGCUGCCCGAAUGCCUCCCCGUGAGCGACCUCGACCAGACCUCGGGGUUCAUCCACCUUUCCACGGCACGUCAAGUCCCCAAUACCGUCAAGUUCUUCUUCAAGGACGAGCCGCUCGUGUACAUCCUGCGCAUCGAAUAUGCGGCUGUGGAGCAGGAUGUGCGGUGGGAGUCUCCAGAUGGCAAGGUGUGCGGGCCGCGGCCGGGGGAGGGAUUGUUUCCGCAUCUGUACAACGGGUUGAAGUUGGGAAAAGAACAGGUCGAGAGUAUCGCGAUUUGGCACAAUGACUGUGGAUGGGAUAAAGCACUGAAUGGGGCAAAGCCAUGGCUCGUGUAUUAA